AUGGGAUGCUGUGUAUCUAAAGACUCCAAGGGUUCCUCAGAAGGGACCAAUGGGUUGAAUGAAAAGAGAGAAUCGGAGAAGCACACCAGGUCUAACGUUAAAAGCUCUAAACCGAAAAAUAAAACCAAACCUGUUGGUAAAGUUAAACACAAAGAUCAGGGUAAACCUUUAGGUGGGGAUGUGCCCACACAGAAUGGUCUUUCACCAAAGGAAGCUGCUGCUCUUGCUGCGGAAAAGAGACAAGAGAAGAAUGUCAACGGUGCAUUGGGGAAGAAGCUUCAUCAGGAACGAGUCAAGAGUAAUAAAAAACAUCUAGAAGAGCUAAGCCAGCAAAAAUUGCAGGAAAGGAAGGAGACUCCUUUAGUAUUUGAUUAA